AUGUGCCUUAUAUUAUGUAAGCCUGUCGUGUGUGAUCAUCCCUUCUGUGUCUCCUUCUAUACAAAAAUGGGAGGUAUGCGAGUCACACUUCUUAAUAAUGACGAAGAUCAUUAUCUCUCCGUCAUAAACUAUCAAAAUGCCGUUCUCACCGAUCUUGUCGAGUACAACAAAAAAAGUUUCGAAGCAUUUGAUAAUCUUCUCGCUGAGGCGAAAUCUCUUGGACGUUUUCUUGCAAACACAAGACACGCAGAUUUAGUCAUGGAAACAAGUAUUACUGAUGAACAGAUUUUCAGUUCAAGCACGAAAGAAGACUCUUAUAAAUAUGAAUUGAAAUUAGUGGCUAUGAUAAAUCAUUAAGCAUAUUUUUAAUAAAUGAAAUAUUUGAUUUUUUAUUUAGAUAAGCAUAGGUUGAUUGGUUUAUUUGCAAUAUUAAUUCAAAUAAUAAUAAUUGAGAAAUUUCCGGAAGCUUUAUGAAAAGAACGCGGGUUUUCAAUAAGAGCAUUUGUCCAGGAUAAGUCAAGAGAGUCAGUUUAUCUCCAUAAAUUUCCACGGUUUCGUGUUUUUCUCUAUACAAUGGAUGAAAAGCCUAAACUCUUAAAUUUAAACGUAGCUGGCAAAAAAGUACUACGAGGAACCAUAGAGGCGGAGAUGAAGGAGGAUAGCACAAUCUACUUUAAAAGUUUAGGAGAGAUAAAAUGGGUCUCGAUUCGGGUAUUGCCGAGAAGCAAUACCCGGGUUGAAACGCCAUUUUCAUUAUAUCCGGAAGGUUUUUUCCAACCCAGAAUGGACGUUAAUGCUAGUUAAGCAAUUCUGGUAAUGUACAGAGCCUAGCCCUAGGAUUGGAUUUUACCUCGAAGGAAAAGAUGGGUUCAGAGCUAGAAAGGGAAAGCCAGCAGCUUCUGCAGGCAACGCUUAGACCAUUUGGAAAACUGGGAUUUACUCCCCAAGCUUUAUUUUUCUUUUUUGCCGAUAGUUUUUUGCCAGAAAUUGCAUUUUUUGGGAUUUUUGUGCGCACAAUCUUCUUUCAACCUAAGCAGUGUACCGCAUAGCCUUCUCAUUCAACACUUGAGCCUACAAGGCAAGGGUAAUGGAAACAAAGAAUCCUACUUCACAGGUGCCAUGGCCUAAGGUGGUGAAGAAGAGGAAAGAUGGACAUGACCCUAUUCUCCCCAGGCUAUUACCCAAAUAGAGUGAAUCUUUCUGGAGAUGCUUGAUUACUGCAGUAUAUAUAGGAGAUUAAGCCAAGACCUAAUUUAAGUUUAACCUUUAAAAAUUUAGUGAUAAAUGAAGUCAGCUCCCAUUAUACAAAUGAUGCCUUUCAAAUAGUUGUAGCUAACCUCAAUUCAUCAGCAGUUAAGCCUCUUAUAUUGAGCGGAAUUCAUGUACGAGCAAGGAGAUUGGUAAAAAAAUAA